UUUUUUUAAAUAGAAAUUUGUUUACUUUUCUGGUUCUUUACAAUUGUUUCUCUGUGAAUUAUCAAUCGUUUUACUUGAUUUCCAAUUAAAUCUAUCAUCAUGUCACAACCUUUUCUCUUUGGUAAUGGAAGUACUCAGCAACAAUCAAAGUACCUUGUCGAGUUUAAAGCUGGUAAGAUGACUUUGAAUGGAACUACUGUUAGCCCAAUUAAGAAAAAAGGUUUGGUUUAUUUGCAUCAAAGUGAUGACAAUUUGAUGCAUUUCUGCUGGAAAGAUCGUCAAUCAGGUGUAACAGAAGAUGAUCUCAUCUUGUUUCCAGAUGAUGCUGAAUUCAAAAAGGUAUCUCAAUGUACUACUGGUCGGGUUUUUGUUUUAAAAUUCAAAUUAUCAGCUAAGAGAUGCUUUUAUUGGAUGCAAGAACCAAGCACAGAUAAAGACGACGAGUUUUGCAAGAAGAUCAAUGAAUAUCUCAACAAUCCUCCAACCUCAGGAUCAAGAGGAAGUUCAUCUAGAGGAGGUGCCGCUUUACCUGCAGUCCUUGAUAAUCUUGGCAGUUUAGCCGAAUUAGGUUCUUUAAGAGAUGCUGAAUUCCAAAAUCUUUUGAAUAACAUGAACCCAUCUCAACUGAUGCAGAUGAUUGGAGGCAUGCAAAAUUCAUCAGGCAUCUCACUCAAUAGAUUCAGACCUGUUGGAGUAGGAGGUAGUUCCAGUAACUCUUCACGUAAUAGAACUGGAGACUCUGAACAAGCCACGACUAGAACUGGAGCAGAAGCCACUGCGACAAAUACUAGUUCCUCUGGUAGUUCACAGCCUCGUAUUCAGCUUGGUGAUCUACAAUCAAUUAUAUCUGGUUUAUCUGUCCCUAAAGGAGAAGCUCAGGAUAAAAGUGAAAUUAAAGCUUUAUCAUCUAUUAUCAAAUCCGAAGCGUUACAAACUCUACUUGCUAAUGAAGAAUUCAUGAAAGGUGUCAAGGAGCGAUUACCACAUACAGAGGCUGCUGACAAUUCUUCAACGUCCAUGCCCUUGAAUGAACAAGUAUCUUCCACCUUACAAUCACCUCAAUUCCAACAAGCACUAAAUAAAUUUGGAAUGGCCUUACAAUCAGGCCAACUUGGACCUCUUCUUAAUCAGUUUGGUCUAAGUCAGGCUUGUAUUGAAGCAGCAAAUAAAGGAGAUCUGGAAGCCUUUGUAAAAGUACUAGAAGAAGAAGAAAAGAAAAAGAAAGAGGAUACAGAAAUGACUCUUGAUUAGAUUUCCAUUUCAAUUACUCACGAGAAGAAAAAUGUGCAUUAACUAAUCUUACCGAAUAUAUUUAUGCCAUUUUCAAUUAAUAUAAACAAUUGGUUUACUCUAA